ACAAUUUGGAGUUCAACCAAUAUGUUCAGGAGAAACAUGCCAAUGAGUAUCUACCCCACAAAUUUUUGAUUUUCUCUUUAUUUGGCUUUUUUAAACAUUACGACAGAAGGGUACCAGUAAUGGUGGUAAAGUGUGAUGAUAACCAUAGAACAGGAAAUAAAACUUAAAUCAUAAAAAAGCUAGCAUUCCCUCUUCAUUGCCUGUUAGGUGUCCACUAUAUUAUUUUCAUUCUAGUGUGGUUAACUUCUUGUUACACUUAACAACAUGCACACCCGAGUGGGUUUAUGGUGAGCUCACCCGAUGGCCUGUCUGUCAACUUCGGUCAUGACGCAGCGGACAAGCAAACGCAGUUGUUAAGAGGACGCUGAGGCGUGUGGCGAGGGCGUGAGUGGCUGUUAGCGCCUCAAAGACGUCCGGCGGCGAGCUCACUGCCGGCGGCCGCGCAGCCGCUGCUGUUGUACAACAAAUCCCGCCGUCCGUCCCCCAGUCAUUAGGAUCCCAGCGGGGAGGCGGAGCAGGAGGCGGGGCGGGCGGGAUUUGGCAUCUGUCCUCAUGACAUGACUUAGACCACCAGGUAGACCACCUGUAGUCCACAAAGUCAGCGAGACACUCCACUCUGUGACAUUUAUGCUAGCACGUCAUCGUUUGUGUCUUUACUCGGCAACGUCUUCGUCCUUUUGGGUCACAUUUUUGAACGUGUCAGUUUUCAUCCAGUCUGGUCUGGUUAAGUUGACUACUUACUUGUCCAUGUCUCCUCAUAGUCAUCACAUGACCGUGGACCUGAGACAUGCUGAGGUGUUUCAAUCAAUGCUAACUGUUAACCCCCUGGUGGCCAAACAUGCUGUAAAUAUCUAUUGAACUGACACCUGGUGGAAGAAGGUCCAUUUUGUUCCCAGUCUCCUUCCAGUGGACAAUGCACCAGGGCUCAAGGGUUACCCUGGGUCCACUAAAGGACAGCAGCUGGUCCCUGACCCGAACGCCACAGACGUCGGGUAAUCCUGCCGGCGUUUGUCCGACUAUGGCGACCCGGCGGCUGCGUCUAAUUGGAAGAGGACAACCCAGCGUGCUGCCUGGCAACGCGUCAGACAUCCAAGUGUGGCGCCUGCUGAGGGACACGCCCCCUGGCUGCCAAACGCAGCAAUGACAACUGUUUGGCUUUAAUUGCACCUUUUUGAUGGCUCCAUCCCAUAAUAAGAUGACGUCAUGAGAUCAACCUCACUGACGCAAAGCAUGAUUGGACAAGACACCUAUGUCUCCCCCCAACCGCAAACAGUGACUUUAGUCUUUACUUCACUUUGAUAAUUAAACGUCUAAUUACUGUUGCUGCACUUGAACGCACCUUACUGUGUGUGCGUUUGCGUGAUAUCAUGUUGUUGUUCACGUUAUUUUCUAUUCUAAUUUUAUACUUAAUUCCAGUACUAAAAAGUGUGUCAUAUAAUCUGCUGCUGAUGCCUGAUUGUAGAAUAUAUUAAUACAUGCGCGCGACUGGAUUACGUCACUAGUCUACAUCAGUGUGAUUGGUCGAGGUGUUAAUGGCCGUCGCGUGCGUGCGCGUGUGUCAGUGAGCCUCGGCGAGGAGGUGUUUUUGGUGUGUUUUUUUUUUUCACUUUCACUCAGCAGCGGUAGCUCAUGUUUUCUCGCCUCCAUUUUCUCCAUUUUGGACUUUAUUUCUACUUUUUGGGGGGAGACUUUUGAGGGUGCGCGCUGCGCGUGGACGUCGCGAGGCCACGUCUCGUGUGCGCGUGUGGGCAGGAUUCCAGCUGGUUUUGAUGAUGGUUUCAUGAAGAAGUGUCUGUAAAAAGUGCAAAGGGAUACAACCUUCCUCCUAUGUUCAAGUGGAAGAAUUCCUGCUCUGAGUGGUUCCUCGAUUUUUAGUAAUCGGAGGCUGCAGUCUGUCUCAUAGUGUAAGUGCUGUGGUCCCUGCUCCACUCCAAAUAGGAGAAGCAUACUCUAUAAGUGGUCGAAUGUAUGCCUUGGGCAUUUCUGUGUGGAGUUUGCAUGUUCUCCCCGUGUGCGCGUGGGUUUUCUCCAGGUACUCCGGCUUCCUCCCACAUUCCCAAAAACAUGCAGGUGAGGUUAAUUGGAGACUCUAAAUUGUCCAUAGGUAUGAAUAUGAGUGUGAAUGGUUGUUUGUCUAUAUGUGCCCUGCGAUUGGCUGGCGACCAGUCCAGGGUGUACCCCGCCUGUUGCCCGAAGUCAGCUGGGAGAGGCUCCAGCAUGCCCCCGCGACCCUAAUGAGGAUGAAGCGGUAUAGAAAAUGGAUGGAUGGAUGGUGAUUCAUGCUCUGAGAGGGAGGAGGUUUUUAGUACGUCCCAGGAUGUAUAAUCUCCCACCAGUUUUCUUAACAUGUCCUUUAACACAAGGAGUCCAUGCUAAGGUGUUGGUAAUGAUCAUCUCCUCAAGCAAGCAUCUCCUCAUUGUCACAGAAACUGUUCAACUCUUGACAUUUCCAUGGAAACCCUGACCUCUGCUUGGGCCUCCAGCGAUGCCUGUGACCUCGUCGGUGUUGGCGAGGCGUCGUGUGUGUGGGAGGAGUGUGUGUUUAACAGGACCCCCCCUGCUGGCGACAUGUGGGCAGAGCAGCUGUCUCCACACCUGCAAAGGAACAAACAGCUUCAGGACACGCUGUUGCAGCGGGAGGAGGAGCUGAUUCGCCUCCAGGAGGAGAACAGCAAACUCAGAGAGUUCCUCAACUCCUCCUUCGUCAGGAACCUGCAAGAGAAAAGCAAGUUGACCGCCAGGAAGCUGAAGAGAAACCUGAUGCAUGACCACGGAUCUUUCCACAACGUCGGUCUUCAGGCGUCCCCUCAGGUCAGCAAGCGUGUCUGCAGGAACCUCGCCUCCGAGUUCCGCUCGGAGUCGCCGGCCACGUCAGAGCCGGCGUUGGAUCUGUGGGUCCUGAGGACGCUGGGCCUGAAGGACAGAGAUACCAUUGAUGGGUCUUCAGCCGUAUGCCAGCAAAGUUUGUCAGUCACGCCGCCACCUUCUUACCACCAAAGUUCUCCUGUCGAGAGCGAGUGCAGCUACAGGAGCUCUGAAGGCCCACUCAGUUACGCUGACUCACUCACUCCUGUCCACAUGUGGACCAGGACAGGAUCGCAUGAAGACGCGGAGAGACGUUUCAGCCAGACGCCACGAGGGCCGUACUUUUGCUCCUCCACUCAGCCUUUCCACUCAGCCUACUGGUCACCUUGGACCGCCAGUCCAGUUGAAAGCCAGUCCUGGACCCAAGGAGCUGGUCACUCAGACUUGGCCUUCAGUAUGUCCCUCAGUCCCUCCAGCAGCGUCAAGACCCUCAGCUUCCCUCAGGGACAAGCCUUCGUCAGGAGGGACCCUCAGGGAUGUUGGAACUUCACUUGGGUGCCCACGCAGACGUCCCACAAUGCACUUGGAUGACAGCAACUGCCUGAAAACUGUUUAGUCAAUUGAAAUCAUGUGCCGCCAACAACUGCUCAGUUGUAAUGAUCAUUUUUUUAUUAGUUUCUAGUGUAGAAAAAGUCAAGUUGAAGUGUGGCUAAAGAGCUAAGUCGCUAACAACUAGCAGCCAGCGUCACUGAAGGCUGCACACACAAUAAUAAACAUUAUUAUCUUUUUAAAGACAGCAUGUGUUCCCAAUGAAGUGGCUGUAUGUUAGCUGUAAAAGACGCAAGGAGGACAUUGUUGUGGAUGUGAAGCAGGUGCCUUGGGCAACUCGUUUUGUUUUUAUGAACUCAGACUGUGACAUCACCGUCUGCUAACAAGACAUGUUUUGAAUAAAAACUCAAACUAAAAUAAUUCUGACCUCAUAAAGACAACAAGCAUUGUCCGAACAGACGACGACACUUGUCAACAUUUGGCACUUUUUACAUACAACGCAACACACAUGCAACAGAAAUGGCAAUGCAACACUUUUGUUUUUGCUCCCAUAUUUUGUGAUCUGAACUCUCUCUGUACACAAAAGGCCUUUUUCUCUCAAAUAUUGUUGAUGUGUCUAAAUGUGCGACAGUGAGCACCUCUCCUUUGCCGAGAUAAUUCACCCUCCUCACAGGUAUGGCAUAUUAAGAUGCUGAUGAGACAGCACGAUUAUUGCACUUAGGCUGGCCACAAUAAAAGGCCACCCCAUCAACGAAAAAUAGACAGUUUAAUUCCAUCAACUUUCUUCUUGGCAUCCCUGGGAUGUCUCAGGAGCCUGGGUGACUUCUGUUUUAUUCCUUCAACUUGCAGCAUUUCGCUCAUGCAUGUGUUUUUUAGGGGGAGGUUGUGUGUUUUUUUUCAUUUGCAGCAUUUUUCUUUUGCCUUGGCUUUUGCUUCAUCCUGCAGUGUUUAUGGGAUUGCAGCAUAAAUAAUAAUACUCAUACUCGUGUGUGUUGCUCUAAAUGUGCUCCGGUAGCGCGGUCAGGAAGUGACGUCAGGGGUUCAGAGUCGAAUUAGUGUUAGGGAUUAUUGUGCCUGUUGUGAGAUCAUUCAAACCUGCAAUAAAAGCCUGAUGUUC